AUCACCAAGGACCGCCACCACGCCAUCGGACGGCUAGUGAUCACUAAAGCGCCGCCAUCCUCCAACAGCAGCAACACUGACGCUACCAUCGCUAGCUCCACCACACCGGCCACCGUCGACGGCAGCCGCAACCCAAGGGUUCAGGGAGAAAGGAGUGAGGCUUUGAAGGCUUAG